GUACCACCGUUCGGCCACUACGACCAUUUCCAAAAUCUGCUUCAACGGUUGGCGCUGGUGAGGUCGGAUUUUCGUUCAGGCGCAUAACGGUCCUUCAACUUCCAGUUUAUAGUUCACUUUGGGGUCUUGCUAGCGCGUAUUCACAACUGGCAGAAGAACAUAAAACCAGUUUCUCUUUCCUUAAAAACUACUGCGAAGAGGUUUAAAAAUGUCCGGAAGAGAAGGAGGCAAAAAGAAGCCCCUGAAGGCGCCCAAGAAACAGAACAAGGAAAUGGAUGAUGAGGAAGUUGCCUUCAAGCAGAAGCAGAAGGGGGAGCAGAAGGCGUUGGAAGCAUUGAAGGCCAAAGCUUCAGGAAAAGGACCGAUGUGCGGCACUGGCAUCAAGAAAUCCGGCAAGAAAUAAGAUGUGGAUCUGAUGACGAUGUGUGUGUGUGUGUGCUCCCGGUGUCGCGCUGUGUGUCUGGGAUGUGUGUUCGCCCGCUGAGAAGACUCCACUUGCUAUGUUACUCACCAACCCCAAUAAACUAAAGACCUGCUCUAACCAGUGAACAUGUACAGGAUUCAUUGACUCGCAGUACACACAUCUUAACUCUGUCACACACUGACCAACAUCUUCACAUACAGUUUAGAAAUGUUGGGGGAACAUUCAGAUUUCUACCGUAUUUUGUGUCCAUAUGAAACUAAACCAGAAACACACACAUCACCACCAAGUUGUUUUCUUUUGAUGUUUGUUGUAUUGUAAAGAGGGAGAUACUAAUAAAGGUUUUGUAAUAACUA